GUCGACAAUAGAACACAAAAUUCCGACGGUGUUGGCCGACUAGCGCUGUUCGUUGAUACUCUCUUUCGCCGCUUCUUGCUGGUCGUUGAAUGUCAUCGUUGUCGUGAUUACUUGCAGAGCCCCGCCCUGCCAUCUUUCGCCUCGCAUUAUUUAUCUCGCAACUGCCUGCACGUCCGGCAGUCUCUGUACACUCGUUGAUCACUCCCGCUCAUUGUACGAAUUUGUCGUCCUCCCUCCAUCAUUCCCGCCCAGAUGCAUAUUGCACGGAACCACCACGUCAAACGUCAGUCAUCGGAUGACCCCCUCUCAGUCGCAGCUGCAGCCGGCAUUGGCUCUGCGACUACUGCUCCUGCAGCCUCCGUCAUCGCCACUGGCAGCCUCCUCCUUGCCAGCCAGUCCGCGGAGGCAGUGGUCGCUUCUUUCAACCUCGUACCCACGGCAUCGGGGGCCAUAACUGUCAGUUCAAUCCCGAGUGCCGCCAUCUCUCCAUCUCCUUCACCUUCCGCCGGUGCCGCCGGUGCCGCCUCGUCCAGUAGCUCCUCUAUAUCCAUGGGCACCGUUAUUGGCAUCUGUGUCGGCGCAUUCGCUGGGCUUGCUGUCCUUGUCUUAUUCGUUGUUUGGAUCCUCAAGAGAACGUCUCCAACAUCCAGCCGGCGAGCUCAAGGUGGCCCCUCGACGCCAUCGCCCCUUAAUGCCCGCGGGGAGGAUGACCGUCGCCGGUCUCGCUUAGAGCCUUGGAGCAAAUUAGGCGACGAUGACGAUAGGUGGGACGGCAUGCAACAUGCGACCGAGAAGGCUGGAGACCACUCUGGCCAGAGCGACAAAUUCUCCAUGUUUCAUAAAACGCCCAGCAUGCGCUCUGCAUCGGACGAGAAGGGUCACAACGACUUUGACAUGUCCACCAUGCCGAACUUCGCCACAUAUCAUCCUGAUUUAGCGGAAGAGUUCGCUAAAGCCCCUGAGCGGCCCUUUAUGGGUCGGAUUGAUGGGGCGCCUGUCAUCUCCUGGGACGGAGAGACGGUUGGAGAUGACUCUUUCCUAUCGAUGAGAUCCGUGCGCAUGUCGGAUACCGCUGUACUAGCAACAUCUCCAACCACAGUGAUGGCACGACAGACGCCCCAGGCCACUUCUUCUGUACUGCACCGUUGGGAAUCUGCGGAGGUGCUGACCAUGGACAUCACCGACACUCCGGCUCCACAGGAUGAUGAUAGCAAGAAUCCGUUCGCUGAUGAAGUUGAGCAUAGGAAGAGCACGACCAAUCCCUUCUUCAAUGCACAGCCUGGCGUCAUGCACAAUCCAUUCUCAGACACAUACACUGUCAAGGGACGCAAACGUCGCUCUUCCAUCAAGUCACGAUCAAUCUCGACCCAGAGCGACGAUCAUGAACAGGCAAUGCAGUCACUCAUCGCUGCAUUGGACAUCCCGGAAACGCUGCCUCCUACCCCAGAGAGGGACAUGGCGAGCAGGGUGUCGAUGCAGCCGUCCAUCAACUCGGAGCUUUUGACCGCCGACAACGAGACCAUGAGCGCAUUCCCCAUGCCGCCGUCUCCCAAAGCUGUCUAACGGGGUGGAUUUUCCCUUGGCCUUUUGAACUCCAUCUCACAUCCGUCACGCACCUUGUCCGCCCUAGUCACUUUCGAUUCAAGCCUCUCACCACCAUCUCUUUGCACUGCUAGUCCCUCCCUCUCUCCCCGUGUCACUCCGAUCCUGCUACUUGACUCGCGUCCAUCACGUGUUGUGCCUAUAUCCCCGACUUGUCCAUGCCAUUCAUUCUUUCUCAACCCGCAUGUUCACGUCUUCACGAUCCGGCAUCGAAUUUCACAUCUUCUUAUAGUUCCCCGUUACGUUCGAAUGUUCAGCAGGACCUUCUGUUCAAUGCAGGUUUACGGUGUCUAUACUCUUUCUAUAGCUCUUGCUAUUUUUUUUAAUAAUUUAUCGUGCUUGCUUGCGCGUCCUCAGGCUGGCACACGAGGCUCAUACGAUACGGCUGAUCAAAUACUAUAUCUGCUUGGAAGGGCAACCCUUUC